AUGAAAGAAAAAUGGAAUUUUAUUUUAUAUUUAGUAUGGUUUGCCUACUUGAUUCUAUCAGCGGUUCUCAUGUUCGGACAUGGAUUCCUGUUGUCCCGUAAAACACUGAGUGAUGUGACUGAAUGUGUACCAAUUGAUAACUUUGGCUGUGAUGGACAUGAAAAUUCUACCGUGAAAGGUUAUUGCAAUGAAGAAGAGAAAAUCCGACGUAUAUUGGCUGUGCCUGGUGGACCGCUGGCUUGCGUUCCGAAGCAGUCUAGAGUGGUGUUUUUACUAGUUGACGCACUUCGGUAUGAUUUUACGGAGUAUGAUGAGAGUAUUGUGAAGCCGUUGCCUUAUCAGAAUCGGUUGCCAGUAAUGCGUGAGAUGUUGGACCGCUGGCCGGACAGCACGCGCCUCUACCGGUUCAUGGCUGAUCCGCCCACUACAACGCUGCAGCGGGUGAAGGCGCUCGCUACAGGCUCACUGCCGACAUUUAUUGACGCAAGCUCAAAUUUUGCAGCCAUGGAAUUACAGGAAGACAAUAUCAUUGAUCAAGUGACAAAAAAUGGAGGGCGGGCGGUAUUGCUUGGAGAUGAUACUUGGUCUCGGCUGCUCCCAAAGCGCUGGUUGAGGUCACAUGCAAUGUACUCAUUCCAUACUUGGGACCUGGACACUGUUGACAAUGAAGUUGAUGCAAAAAUAUAUGAUGAACUGAGAAGAGAUGACUGGAACUUGCUAGUGGCUCAUUACCUUGGAGUAGACCAUGCAGGUCAUAGAUAUGGGCCUAACCACCCUGAGAUGACGAGGAAGCUAGAUGAGACUAAUGCAAGGUUGAAGAAAGUCAUCUCCAUGUUGCCAUCUGAUGUUCUUCUGUUUGUGGUUGGAGACCAUGGCAUGACAGAAAAUGACUCACAUGAGUGGACCAACUCAGAUGGUGACCACGGAGGCGAAAGUAAAGCUGAACGAACAGCGGCGUUCUUUGCUUACCGAGGAGCUGGUUUGGCGGGAACUGGCGUGGAUGUGAUGAUAGGGAAAGAAGUGCAGCAGACUGAUCUAGCACCCACACUCAAUGCGGCGUUAGGAAGACCUCCCCCAGCCCCUUCACUAGGACACCUACUCUUACCUGUUCUACCAGAAACCAGCAAAAGUCAUACAUUGCUACAUAUUACCAACAAUCUAAAACAGAUAACACAAUACAUGAUUCGCUACGGCGAGGAAUCCCAGCAAGUGUCGCUCGACCGGCUCACGCAUCUUAUCAACGCGACGCGAGAACAAUUACACAAAGCCGCCUCCAUUGAAACUGAUGACGACCUCAACAAUUACGCAGCGGAUGUUAGAGCUCUCGUCGACAAUGUGCGAAAUGUUUUCCGAGAAGUUUGGGUCGAGUUUGAUUCCCUGUCUAUGCUUAGAGCUCUUCUACUUCUUCUUUUGGCCAUAUUUUUCAACUGGCUGAUUACUGAGGGUAUUCCUAUGGAACGCCUUCCUAAUGUGUUCGCUAGUACGUUUGUUCCGACUGGGCUCAUUUCCAUGGCUGUUUGCAUCGGCGUGUGUUACACAGCAUUUUAUUUCAAGUUCCUAGAAGAUUUAGAACACGCUAUUAUUUUGAGUACUGGUUUGAUAUCAGCCAGUAUAACUUGCGUUUUAAUAAUCAUGCACUGGGAUGGGAUUGCGCAGCGGUGGUACGAGGGACGUUCUCAGUUCUAUGAACGUUUCGCUCGCGCGGCUCUUGCGGCAUCUGCGGCAGUGUUAGUGUCGAAUAGUUACAUUAUAGAAGAAGGCGCUACUCUCGCGUUCUUGUGUAUGACUGUGUUGGGUUUGAUGGCUUGGAAUAUUGGCAACGCUACCGCGUUGUUAUAUUGGAUCGCCUGUGGAGUAGCGUUUGCAGCCUCUAGGUCGUAUCGCGGUUGCAGAGAAGAACAAGGUGAUUGUUGGACGGCUGGGGCGGGCGUGCCGACGGGGCAAUCGUCGCGGCCAGCGCUGGUGCUGGGGAUGGGGACAGUAGCAGCUGUGGUAGCGAUAUGCAGGAGACAUGUAGGCUGGCGGGGUUAUUGUACUGUAGUGGCGGGGUUGCUGGCCUGUUCUCACUGGGCGACGGGUUAUGGCUCACUGGGGUCGCCCAGCCGGGCGAAGCUGUUGGCUCGUGCCGCGUGGUUGGUGCUGGCGGUGAUGCUGGCGCUGCUGUGGAAGCGCGAGGGUCGUGGCGCCACGCUGCCUCUGAUGGCGGGCGGCCUCAUGUUGUUUGUCGCCAACACGUUAGUACUCGGCGUGUCGUACGCUCCUGCCGCUGUGAUAUCCUUAGUACUGGCAUGUUUAGCUCUCAACCUGGUAGCUAGGCUGAAGAGUGAAGGGUCAACGAAAUUUUCUUUGGCAACUCGAUGCAAUUCAAGUGUGGCGUGUAUGUGGGCAUUACUGGCGUCGUACGCUUUCUACGGCACGGGCCAUCACGCGACUCUGGGCCACGUGCGAUGGGCCCCUGCCUUCCAUGCUGGUGACCCGAACUAUUUGGACAUUGGACCUCCUAUUACUGCUUCUUUGGUCUCACUUGAAUUAUUCGGUACUAUAUUAGCAUUUGGCGCCGCAGUUCCCCUCCUAGCACUGUGGGGUCAGAAUGGAGCGGCCCGAGUAGGGCCUCGCACACAACUAGCCGCCGUAUUCUCUCUGUGCCUGAAAUUUAUGCUAUGCUUUGCUAUUCGAGUAUUCGCGUGUGCGAUCUCAGCAACGAUUCACUGCCGGCACCUGAUGAUAUGGGGCGUGUUCACUCCGAAGUUGUUGUUCGAGGCGGGCGCGUGCGCCGCGGCGCUGCUGGGCGCUGUGCUCGGCGCCACCCUGGUCGCCUGGCACCUACCCACACAACACCGCUCUAGUUGA